GAAAAGGAGGAAGAAGAAGAGGAAGAAAAAGAAAAAACCUACUACCUUUCGCCUUAUCUUUCCGCGUGUGAGUGCGUGUGGUGCGUGUGUGCGGCACAGUUCCUGCCAUCUGAUCCUGGUCUUGGAUGUUUAAUAAAGAAAUCAAGUGUCUCAACAGUCACCCCCCCAAACAAAACCAAAAAAUAGACCAAAAAAAAAAAAAGGACCAACAACAUCAUCAGCAACCAACAACCCGACAUUGUCAACACGAGACAGGUUUUUUUGUUUUGUUUUGUUUUGUUGGGGCUUCCCCUCCCCCGGUUUUUUCCCCUUAAGCCCUUAGUGGAGGGGGGACGCUCAGUGUGAGAGAGACAGAGACAGAGGGGGAGAGACAGAGACAGACGAGACAAGCGAGCACCCCCCGAGCUGCUUCUCGGGUCUGGGGACAGAAGUGAGAUUGGAGAAAGUAGAGCGAUGCCGAGGAGGAAACAGCAGGCACCGAAGCGGGCGGCAGGUUAUGUUCAAGAGGAAGAAUUGAAGGAGGAGGAAGAAAUCAAAGAGGAAGAGGAAGAUGAUGAGGACAGCAAUUCCGUAGUUCAACUUCAGGGCAGCAACGACCCAGGCACAGAUGAAGAGCUAGACACGGGCACCGACCAGAAAGGGAGCUUUAGCUACCAGAACUCUCCAGUCAGUCAUUUAUCCAAUCAGGAUGCCGAAAACGAAUCCCUUUUAAGCGAUGCCAGUGACCAGGUGGCAGACAUUAAAAGCAUAUGCUGUCGAGAUGCCCAGGACAAGAAAGCUCCCGCCCACCCCAAGCUCCAGAGCGAAACGCACAACUGCAUGGAUAAGAUGACCGCCGUCUAUGCCAACAUCCUGUCCGACUCCUAUUGGACCGGCCUCGGGCUCGGCCUCAAGUUGUCGAGCAGCGAGCGGAGGGGUUGCGACACGCGCAACGGAGGGAACAAAAGUGACUUUGAUUGGCACCAAGAUGCUUUAUCCAAAAGCUUGCAGCAGAAUUUGCCUUCCAGGCCCGUCUCCAAGCCCAAUCUCUUCAGCUCCGUGCAGCUGUACCGGCAGAGCAGUAAGAUGUGCGGCACCGUGUUCACAGGCGCCAGCCGGUUCCGGUGUCGGCAGUGCAGCGCCGCCUACGAUACCUUGGUCGAGCUCACCGUGCACAUGAACGAGACCGGUCACUACCAAGACGACAACCGCAAGAAGGACAAGCACAGACCUACCAGCUACUCAAAGCCCCGGAAAAGGGCUUUUCAGGACAUGGACAAGGAAGAUGCACAAAAAGUUCUCAAGUGUAUGUUUUGUGGUGAUUCCUUUGAUUCCCUGCAAGAUUUGAGUGUUCACAUGAUAAAAACAAAACAUUACCAAAAAGUGCCUUUGAAGGAGCCAGUACCAACCAUUUCUUCAAAAAUGGUCAAUCCGGCAAAGAAACGCGUUUUCGACGUCAACCGGCCCUGCUCCCCGGAUUCUACCACCGGAUCGUUCGCAGAAACGUUUUCCUCUCAGAAGAACGCCAACCUGCAGCUGUCCUCGAACAACCGCUACGGCUACCAAAAUGGCGCCAGCUACACGUGGCAGUUCGAGGCGUGCAAGUCUCAGAUCCUGAAGUGCAUGGAAUGCGGGAGCUCCCACGACACGUUGCAGCAGCUCACCACUCACAUGAUGGUCACGGGCCACUUUCUCAAAGUCACCAGCUCCGCCUCCAAGAAGGGAAAGCAGCUGGUGCUGGAUCCGCUGGCGGUGGAGAAGAUGCAGUCGCUGUCAGAGGCGCCGGGAAGCGAUGCGCCGACUUCCAAACCCUCCAGUAACGCGACUUCGGACAGCGGCGCGGCACCUCCCGUGGAGCUCAAGAAAGAGAGCAAAAAAGAAAAACCGGAGGAGACCGGCAAAGACGAGAAAGCGGGGAAAGGGGAGGACUACGAAGAUGCUCUUCAGAAGCCACUGGAUCCCACAAUGAAAUACCAAUAUCUUAGGGAAGAAGACUUGGAAGAUGGCUCAAAGGGCGGGGGAGACAUUUUAAAGUCUUUGGAAAAUACAGUGACCACAGCCAUCAACAAAGCCCAAAACGGGGCUCCCAGUUGGAGCGCGUACCCCAGCAUCCACGCGGCGUACCAGCUGUCGGAGGGCACAAAGUCGUCUUUGCCUAUGGGCUCCCAGGUCCUCCAGAUCCGACCCACCAUCACCAAUAAGCUAAGGCCAAUCGCUCCCAAGUGGAAGGUCAUGCCCCUCGUGUCUGUCCCCGCAAACCUAGCCCAGUGCACCCAAGUGAAGAAGGAGGCGGAGGACAAGGACGAAGCGCACAAGGAGUACGCCAAGGACAGUCCUGCCGCCGAUGCCUCCUCCCUGGGCCACGGCGAGGGCGACGCUCUCCCCAAGAGCGAGACCCCUUCCGACUCCAGAAAGACCGAGCCUCCUCCCGCCCCGAGAGAGGAGGACAGAGUGAAAGAGAACAGCGCCAGAGAGAAGCCCCAACCCAUGGAAUCGACGGCUUCUCUCAGCAACGGCUGCGCCGCCGCCAGCCACGCGCCGGCACUGCCCUGUAUCAACCCGCUCAGCGCCCUCCAGUCUGUGUUGAAUAACCACCUGGGCAAGGCCACCGAACCCCUGCGUUCUCCGUCCAGCUCCAGUCCCAGCUCAAGCACAAUUUCUAUGUUUCAUAAACCGAAUCUCAGCAUCCUCGAGAAGCCGGUUUUGUCUCCGGCCCCCUCCAGGCCGGCAAGCGUGUCCAGGCGCUACGUGUUCGAAAACAACGAUCAGCCCAUCGACCUGACCAAAUCAAAAAGCAAGAAGGCAGAGUCGGCCCAAGCACAAUCCUGUACUUCCCCGCCGCAGAAGCACGCUCUGUCUGACAUCGCCGACAUGGUCAAAGUUCUCCCCAAAGCUACCACACCAAAACCCACCACCACCACCGCCUCGUCUCGCGUCCCUUCCAUGAAGCUAGAGAUGGAGGUCCGGCGCUUCGAAGACGUCUCCACGGAAGUGUCCACCCUGCAUAAAAGGAAGGGCAGGCAGUCCAACUGGAACCCCCAACAUCUCCUCAUCCUGCAGGCUCAGUUUGCUUCGAGCCUCUUUCAGACAUCGGAAGGGAAAUAUCUCUUAUCGGAUUUGGGUCCCCAAGAACGCAUGCAGAUUUCCAAGUUUACUGGACUCUCUAUGACCACCAUUAGCCACUGGCUGGCAAAUGUCAAAUAUCAACUUAGGAAAACUGGAGGGACAAAAUUUUUGAAAAAUAUGGACAAAGGACAUCCCAUCUUCUAUUGUAGUGACUGUGCGUCUCAGUUUAGAACCCCCUCUACCUACAUCAGCCACUUAGAGUCCCAUUUAGGCUUCCAAAUGAAGGACAUGAACCGACUGGCGGUGGAACAGCAGACGAAGGUCGAGCAAGAGAUCUCCAGGGUUUCGGUUCAGAGGUCGCCGGAGACGAUAGCUCCGGAAGAGGACACGGACUCUAAAUUCAAGUGUAAGUUGUGUUGUCGGACCUUUGCGAGCAAACAUGCAGUAAAACUUCACCUAAGCAAAACGCACAGCAAGUCACCCGAACACCACUCACAGUUUGUAGCAGACGUGGAUGAAGAAUAG